AUGAGUAGCUUGGUUGAGAGGCUUCGUAUAAGAUCAGACAGGAAACCAGUUUAUAACUUAGAUGAUUCUGAUGAUGAUGACAUUCUUCCUAAAAAAGAUCGGACCCUUGAGCAAGUUGAGGCUAUUGUCAGAACUGACGCGAAAGAAAAUGCAUGCCAGGCUUGUGGGGAAAGUGCUAAUCUUGUAAGCUGCAAUACAUGCACGUAUGCUUAUCAUGCUAAAUGCUUAGUUCCACCUCUUAAAGAUGCUUCUGUGGAAAAUUGGAGAUGUCCUGAAUGCGUUAGUCCUCUUAAUGAGAUUGAUAAAAUAUUGGAUUUUGAAUCGCGUCCUACAAUAUCCAAUGAACAAGAUUCCACUGAUGCGGCACCAAAGCCAGUCUUUGUGAAACAGUAUCUCGUGAAGUGGAAGGGAUUAUCAUACCUUCACUGCUCUUGGGUGCCUGAGAAAGAAUUUCACAAGGCUUAUAAGUCCAAUCAUCGUUUAAAAACCAGGGUGAACAACUUUCACCGUCAAUUGGAAUCAGCCAAUAACAACGAAGAUGAUUUUGUUGCCAUUCGUCCUGAGUGGACCACUGUUGAUAGGAUUCUUGCCUCCAGAGAAGAAGAUGGUGAGGACCAAUAUCUUGUAAAAUAUAAAGAACUUUCUUAUGAUGAAUGUUACUGGGAAUCAGAAUCAGACAUCUCAACCUUCCAGACUGAAAUUCAAAGGUUCAAGGAUAUAAAUUCUAGAACUCAUAGAGUUAAAGAUGUUGACCAUAAAAGAAAUCCCAAAGACUUUCAACAGUUUGAUCAUACUCCUGAAUUCCUCAAAGGCUUGUUGCAUCCGUACCAGCUUGAGGGACUUAAUUUUUUGCGGUUCUCGUGGUCAAAGCAGACACAUGUCAUCCUUGCUGAUGAAAUGGGGCUAGGCAAAACAAUUCAAAGCAUUGCCCUCUUAGCCUCACUUUUUGAGGAGAACCUCAUUCCGCAUUUGGUAAUCGCUCCUCUUUCGACUCUGCGGAACUGGGAGAGAGAGUUUGCCACAUGGGCUCCACAGAUGAAUGUGGUUAUGUAUUUUGGCACUUCACAAGCUCGAGCCGUUAUUAGAGAGCACGAGUUUUACUUCCCGAAAGGUCAUAAGAAGAUCAAGAAAAAGAAAUCUGGACAAAUCAGUAGUGAAAGCAAGCAAAAAAGAAUCAAGUUUGAUGUCCUCCUCACUUCGUAUGAGAUGAUCAACCUAGACACAGCAGUUCUAAAACCAAUUAAGUGGGAGUGCAUGAUUGUUGAUGAAGGCCAUCGACUGAAAAAUAAGGAUUCAAAGCUGUUCUCUUCGUUGACACAGUAUUCAAGUAACCAUCGUAUUCUUCUGACAGGAACACCACUUCAGAACAACUUGGAUGAACUUUUCAUGCUUAUGCAUUUUCUUGACGCGGGGAAGUUUGGCAGUUUGGAGGAGUUUCAGGAGGAGUUCAAAGAUAUUAAUCAAGAGGAGCAGAUUUCAAGACUGCACAAAAUGUUGGCUCCACAUUUGCUCAGAAGGGUCAAGAAAGAUGUAAUGAAAGACAUGCCCCCUAAAAAGGAGCUCAUUUUGCGUGUUGAUUUGAGUAGCCAGCAAAAAGAAUAUUACAAAGCUAUUUUUACCCGUAAUUAUCAGAUACUGACAAAAAAAGGAGGUGCUCAAAUUUCUCUUAAUAACAUAAUGAUGGAAUUACGAAAAGUUUGCUGCCAUCCUUAUAUGCUGGAUGGUGUAGAGCCAGUUAUUCACGACGCACAUGAGGCUUUCAAAAAACUUGUGGAAUCAUGUGGAAAGCUGCAACUUUUAGACAAAAUGAUGGUCAAGCUGAAAGAGCAAGGACACAGAGUUCUCAUAUACACUCAAUUUCAGCACAUGCUUGACUUACUUGAAGACUACUGUUCCUAUAAGGACUGGCUCUAUGAGCGAAUUGAUGGAAAGGUUGGCGGAGCUGAGCGGCAAAUACGCAUAGAUCGGUUUAAUGCCAAAAACUCUAACAGAUUUUGUUUUCUGCUCUCCACAAGAGCUGGUGGCUUAGGAAUAAAUCUUGCAACCGCUGAUACAGUAAUCAUUUAUGACAGUGACUGGAAUCCUCAUGCUGAUCUCCAGGCUAUGGCUAGAGCCCAUCGACUUGGCCAAACAAAUAAGGUGAUGAUUUACAGGCUCAUAAAUCGAGGCACCAUUGAAGAAAGGAUGAUGCAAUUGACUAAAAAGAAGAUGGUUCUAGAGCAUCUUGUUGUCGGGAAAUUGAAAACACAGAACAUUAAUCAGGAAGAGCUAGAUGACAUCAUCAGGUAUGGUUCAAAGGAGCUUUUUGCUAGUGAAGAUGACGAAGCAGGAAAGUUGGGAAAAAUUCAUUAUGAUGAUGCGGCGAUAGACAAGUUGCUUGAUCGUGAUCUCGUAGAGGCUGAGGAGGUCGCAGUGGAUGAUGAAGAGGAGAAUGGAUUCUUAAAGGCUUUCAAGGUGGCAAAUUUUGAGUAUAUAGAUGAAAAUGAGGCGGCAGCAUUAGAGGCACAGAGAGUUGCUGCUGAAAGCAAAUCUUCAGCAGGCAAUUCUGACAGGGCAAGUUAUUGGGAAGAGUUGUUAAAAGACAAAUUUGAGGUGCAGCAGGCAGAGGAGCUUAAUGCUCUUGGAAAAAGGAAAAGAAGUCGCAAGCAGUUGGUAUCCGUUGAAGAAGAUGAUCUUGCUGGUUUGGAAGAUGUGAGCUCUGAUGGAGAUGAAAGUUAUGAAGCCGAGUCAACAGAUGGUGAAGCUGCGGGACAAGGAAAUCAGACGGGUAGAAGGCCGUACAGAAGAAGGGGUCGAGAUAACUCGGAGCCAACUCCUUUGAUGGAAGGCGAGGGGAGAUCUUUCAGAGUACUGGGUUUCAACCAGAGUCAAAGGGCCAUUUUUGUACAGACGUUGAUGAGGUAUGGUGUUGGCAAUUACGAUUGGAAGGAGUUUGUUCCUCGCUUGAAGCAGAAGACCUAUGACGAAAUUAAAGAGUAUGGAAUACUCUUCUUGAAGCACAUUGCUGAAGAUAUUGACGAGAAUUCUCCAACCUUUUCAGAUGGUGUGCCCAAGGAAGGACUUAGAAUUGAAGAUGUUCUAGUCAGAAUUGCUGUUCUGUUGCUAGUACAGGAGAAGGUGAAAUAUGUAGAAGAUCAUCCAGCCAAACCUGUUUUCCCCAACCGCAUUCUUGAAAGAUUCCCAGGACUAAGGAGUGGAAAAAUUUGGAAGGAGGAACAUGACAAGAUAAUGAUACGUGCUGUUUUAAAGCAUGGGUAUGGACGAUGGCAAGCCAUUGUUGAUGACAAAGAGUUGGGGAUCCAAGAGCUUAUCUGCAAAGAAUUAAACUUCCCUCACAUAAGUUUGUCUGCUGCUGAACAAGCUGGCUUGCAGGGGCAGAAUGGUAGUGGAAGCUCCAAUCCGGGAGCACAGAAUAACCAGAAUCAUGGAAGCGGUAUUACGGGGAACAAUAAUGCUUUUGCUGAUGCGGGCCAAGUAAACUCGAUGUUCUAUUAUCGGGACAUGCAAAGAAGACUUGUUGAGUUUGUGAAAAAGCGAGUUCUGCUUCUGGAGAAGGCAUUGAAUUAUGAAUAUGCAGAAGAUUUUUAUGGACUUGGUGGCUCAUCAUCUAUGCCUAGUGAAGAACCAGAAGCUGAAGCAAAGGUCACUGACACAGUGGGAGGGGGCUUCGUCGAGGUUGAUGAUGAAAUGCUUGAUGGACUUCCUAAGACUGAUCCCAUAACUUCUGAAGAAAUUAUGGUGGCUGCUGUUGACAACAACCAAGAGCGGGUUGAAAUAGCUCAACAUUUUAACAAGAUGUGUGAAGUCUUAGAUGAGAACGCUCGUGAAUCAGUCCAAGCAUAUGCAAACAACCAACCAUCAAGUAGCAAGUUGAAUGAGAACUUGGGUUCACUCGAAUCUAUCAGUGGUAACAUUAGCAGGAUCCUCUCGGCUCCAUCCGAUCAAGUCAAGUCACAUGAAGACACUAAGCCAAACCUAAACAAUGUUGAGAUGAAAGACUCAGUCGAAGAAACAAAACCCUUAAGAGGCAGCGUAGAUCUGAAUGUGCUGGAGGGAGAAGAAAACAUUGCAGGAGCUAGUGGAAGUGUUGAUGUGAAAAUGGAAGAAGCCAAAGAAGAAGGCAAGCUCAAUCUCUUGGAUUGA